UAACCGGGAGGAAGGGAAGGAGGAGGCAGCGCUGCUGCCUGGGCGGGGGACGCACUUCCGGUGUACUGAGUGACUGACUGACUGAGAGCUAGCUCAGGGGCUCCGGCUGAGGGUGGCAGGAACAUGGACAGCCAGGGCAGGAAGGUGGUGGUGUGCGACAACGGGACUGGGUUUGUGAAAUGCGGUUAUGCUGGCUCCAAUUUUCCAGAGCACAUCUUCCCAGCUUUGGUUGGGAGACCUGUUAUCCGGUCUACAGCAAAAGUGGGCAAUAUCGAGAUCAAGGAUCUAAUGGUUGGAGAUGAAGCAAGUGAAUUACGUUCAAUGCUUGAGGUGAACUAUCCCAUGGAAAAUGGCAUAGUGCGGAACUGGGACGACAUGAAACACCUCUGGGACUACACAUUUGGUCCUGAAAAAUUGAACAUAGACACCAGAGACUGUAAAAUUCUACUCACAGAGCCUCCCAUGAACCCAACUAAAAACCGUGAAAAGAUUGUGGAGGUUAUGUUCGAGACAUACCAAUUCUCUGGUGUUUAUAUUGCUAUUCAGGCUGUUCUUACAUUAUAUGCACAAGGGUUAUUGACUGGGGUAGUUGUGGACUCUGGAGAUGGUGUCACUCAUAUUUGCCCAGUAUAUGAAGGUUUCUCUUUGCCUCACCUCACCCGAAGAUUAGACAUUGCUGGCAGGGAUAUCACCCGUUAUCUUAUCAAGUUACUUUUAUUGAGAGGAUAUGCUUUUAAUCACUCGGCUGAUUUCGAGACUGUUCGCAUGAUCAAGGAGAAGUUGUGCUAUGUAGGAUACAACAUUGAACAGGAGCAAAAACUAGCUCUGGAAACGACAGUCCUUGUUGAGUCUUACACGCUUCCAGAUGGCAGGGUUAUUAAAGUAGGUGGAGAACGCUUUGAAGCACCAGAAGCUCUGUUCCAGCCUCAUCUUAUCAACGUAGAAGGCGUUGGCGUAGCAGAGUUGCUGUUCAACACCAUUCAGGCAGCUGACAUUGAUACUCGGUCCGAAUUCUACAAACACAUUGUGCUGUCAGGUGGUUCCACCAUGUACCCAGGACUGCCAUCCCGUUUGGAACGAGAACUUAAACAGCUAUACUUAGAGCGAGUACUGAAAGGAGAUGUUGAAAAACUAUCGAAAUUCAAGAUCCGCAUUGAAGAUCCUCCCCGUCGCAAGCAUAUGGUGUUUCUGGGAGGUGCAGUGUUAGCAGAUAUCAUGAAAGACAAAGAUAACUUCUGGAUGACUCGUCAAGAGUACCAGGAGAAGGGUGUGCGCGUGUUGGAGAAACUUGGCGUGACGGUCCGAUAAACUGAGCCCCCUGUGCCCAUUGCUUCUCUAAAGCUUUCCUUAUUUCCUUUAUUGCCAAUCUUUGAACUCAUUCAGCUACGUGACUCGGAAAGGCCUGCUUGUGCCCUUUUGACCUACAAGGUCAAAUGUUUGUCCUGUUUCCUGGGGUGAGCUUUGUUAAAUGUGUGGCUGAAUUUGACUAUUUGGUUCACCCAUUUCUUUUUAAAAACAAAGCUCUAUUAACAGGCACUAUCGCCUCCAUUGUCUGUCCCUAAUAGGCAUUUGGCUAAUUGCAGUAGACUUUUUCCCCCCACUUAGAGUGCUGCUUUAAAGCUGCUAGCUUCAUCUUUGCUCACCUGGAGGUUUGCCUUUAUUAUCAUUAAAAAUUAUAAAUAUAUAUAUUUUUUUUUUUUUUAAAAAGCAGCUAUUAGCACCACAUCCUGAAUAUGUUUAACUUUGCUCCCUCUUCUGCACAAUCCUGCUAUCUCUGUCCUCAAAAUACAGAAGAAAAAUGUCUCACUAUUAAUCACUGAAAUAACCAAUGCAUUUUCAAAUUGGGAACAGGCCCUCCGGUUAUUGAAAAACUUCUGACAUUCUGAAUUUAUAAAUUACUUUGUUUUUUGUUUUAACCCCCUUUUAACCUUGGGACGGAAUGGUACAUUUCCUCUAUAAUGUAAUGUAUGUUGGGCAUAUGAUUUUUCUUGUCUUUUUUUCUUUCCAUUCUAUGUCCUAUUAACAAAGCACUUGAGCACAUGAGGAGGUCAGUUGUAAACAAGUUUCACACAGUUCAUUCCCAAAAUGGUGAAAGGUGACAAACGUGUAUGUGAUUUAUUUCGAAAUAUAAGAUAAACUGUAUCUAUUCCUCUUUGUUCAGUGGUUUAUUUUUAUUAUUGUGCUUUAUUUUGUCUAUUGUGUUUUUUUUUUUGGUUUUUUUUUUACUACGAUUUUUUUAAUAGCGCUUCCUGAAGUGCCACUGGUUUUAAAAGGGCCAUUCCUUUUAGUGCCAAGUGCUCUAAAAUGGAGCUUGACAUUUUUAGUUCCCUUUGCACUCAAAAAUGUGUACCUUUAGUUUGUGUAAGGGCUUAAAUCCCUUCUGUUCAGGAAUUCUUGAAACCUAUCAAAUUUUCUUUAACUUGUGAGGGUUUAGCCAAUGGAAUAAUGAUUUAAAUAGCCUUUAAUGUUGCACUUCAGGAAAUCAUACAGUGAAUAAUAUGCUGUAUUUGUGUUCUGUGCUUAGUACCAUAAUACUUUCUUUUCUUUUACUCAUAUAACAAAUCCAUUUAACAGUGCUUUCCUAUUAAAUGUAAAUAGAUAUACCGUGCACACAUGCAUAUUAUUGAGCUAACCUGCUAUAUGCAUGGCACUGACUGUAUUUCUUGUGAAAUCUUACAAAUCCAGAUCUAUAGUUAUAUUGAGAGAGAGUAGAUAAUGGUUAGGGGGAUCCAUACUUUUCUCCUGGUUGGGUAAUGUCGCUGUGUGUAGAAGAGAGCAAAAUGAACAGCAGAGAUCUGUACAUUGCAAACAAUAUAUUUUUAUUUCGUGAAGAACAGUGCGAAUCACUGCCAUUGUAUAUUGGGACACAUUUCAAAAGAGUAAAGCCUGUUGAAAUGAAGUCAGGGUUUAAUAUAAUAUAUUUACAUUACAAUAAUUGACUUUCAAAGCAUUGCAAAGUUUUUGUGCAAUAGUCACAUGCAUUCCGAUUCUUUUUAUCUAUAGAAUCACAUUUAUUUUAGAAGCAUAUUAAAGGCAAACCUCAGGCAAUAAUGGUGAUACUUUGGUAUUAAAAUAAAUUUACCUUCAACAUACAAAACAUACAAUUUGCUAUUAGGUUAGUGACUUUUUUUUUUUUUACUUCACCUUUCCUUCCCCCUUCCCUUCCUUCUUAAUUUCUGUGUCUUGGAAUUUUGAGGUAAUUUUUAAACUAAUUUGGAAUAAAUUGGUCAUUCUCUCUGAA